UCCCAGCUGUUGGUCACUGACUUGGGCUGCUCUGGAAGCCCCAUGGCCUAGGCCAGGCUCUGAGGACCCCGCUGGGGUGCUGCUUCAGGGGGAUCCGUCCUGCCUGGGCCCAGAGGCUGCUCGCUCAGCAGUCAUAGCAGCAGGUGUGCUCAGGGCUGGGACCAGGCCCAGAGCAGGAGGUCUGGGGCUCGGCUGGUCAGGGAAGGCAUCUUGGAGGAGGAGCCACUUUCACUGAGCCUUGAAGGAGUUGGCAGCUGGAGAAGGUGGGGCUCAGGUCACCACAGGCCAGGCCGGCAGCAGCCUGUGCAAAGGUGAGGAGGAGAGGAGAAGACUUCUAGCUUGCAAGGUUUUAGAGGAGGUUUAUGUUUAGGCAAGACCCUCCCGACGGCUUUAAGGAGAUGGCAGACAAGCAGACUGGAAGGAAAGCAGUGAGGAGUCUGUGAUCAGCAGGGACUCCUUCCAGCUGCUCUGUCGCCUCUGGGAGCCUUGGGGAAGCUCUGCGGCACCCAAGGAAGGGUGUCCCCCGAGGAGGGGGCCUGGCAGAGAGCAGGGAGCAGCCCACCCCUUUGAACGGAAGCUGUCAGGCCUUUUGGGCUGAAGUAGGCUCUCCUGCUGCCAAGAUGCUGUCACCACAGACAGCGACCCUUGGGCCAGAGCUACAAAACCCCCAGGAGCCUGAGGAAUCACAGACCCCAGCUCGGGGCACCCGGCAGACAAGCAGCGGGAAAGAGCCCAGUGCCCAUCAUGAGAACACCACGAGGCCGGGCCUGGGCACCUUGAGGCGUGCCUUCUCCCGGGCAAGCCAGCGGGCCGUGACCCAGGCCGCCAAGGAGGAUGCAGGCCUGCUCUGGCGAAGGUCCUCCUCCCUGUUCCGGUCCUUCAGGCGUGCUCUGGAUGAUGGCCCAGCUGCUGGCCAGUCCCAGGUCGCUGCUGUGCCAGAGGUCUCCUCGGGGGUCAUGGAUGGUGGCAGCCAGCAGGCAUCCACUGGGGUGGGGCCUAAGGAGCUGGAACCUGAGGCAGGAGGCAAAUCUGUGGCCGACCUCAUUACUGAACGGCAACUGCUGGCCGCCUUCGAACAGCUUCGGCACCUAGAGACAAGGCUGGUGGCGGAGAAAGCCUCGCACACCUUUGAACAGGACCCUACAGCCUUUGCGCGGCGCGCCAUGGACGUGUGCCUCCAUUACGACGGGCUGGCAGCCGAGAUCGGCGCCAUCGUGCGUGAGACGCUGGGACCCGACGGCGUGGACGCGGCCGCGCUGACCGAGCUGGCCCGCGUGGUGCGCGCGGAAGAGGAGGCCCACCCGGAGCCCCCGGCCGACGGCGACUUCCUGCGCACGCCACGCCGCUGGCGCCAGCACUGGGAGGAGGCGGUGCAGCGGAGCGCGCAGGAGCGCGUGCAGGGGGCCGGCGCCCGGGGCACCUCUGGGGCCGUGGAGGGCGCUCCGGGCCUGGCUCAGCUGCUGGCCCAGCUCGGUGGCUUGGUUCGCCACGACCUGCAGAAGGUGCUGCUGGAGGUGCAGCCCGCGUACGCGGCAGCCGGCUUCCCCGCGUGGGGCGCCUACCUGAGCGCCUUCCACGGCGCGGUGGCCCAGCGUCUCCAGGAGCUGGCGCACGACGCCCGCGGCGGUGAGCAGCUCUACCUCCUGCUGGACUGGGCCGCAAACGUCUACGGCAGCCCUGACUUCCUGGGCGCCCCAGACCUGGCGCUGCCCACUAAGCCGCUGCCCCCGCUGCUGGCCCCUGAUGUAUGGGCCCGCCUGGAGAGCAGCUACACCAGCUUCCUCGAGACCAAGAUCACGGGCUGCUUCGAGAGCAUCUUGCAGCUGGAGCAGAGUCGCUGGGCGGCCGGCGAGGCCCCCGACGUGCUGCAGGGCCUCUACCGCGCGCCGCUGUCCACGGACGUCCACAUGCUCGUGGCGGAGCACGUGAAGGCGGGCGGCGCAAUCUCCGCGGAGUUGGAGGCCACCACCCUGCGGAUCUGCGCGCGGGCGCUCGGCCUCUUCGUGCCCAGGCUUGAAAAGGCUUUUCUGGAGUCGGGGGCGGCGAGCGAGCCGCACCUGGGCGCCUACGUCAACGCCUGCGAGGAGCUGAGGACCAGUCUUCUGGCCAGGUUCCCCGGAAUCCUAGAGGAGUUGGAGAAACCCCUGGUGGCUGCCACCCGCAGCUUCCAGAAGCACUUGCUUCAGGGCUUUCAGCAUGACAUUCAGCCGCUCUUCAGGGUCGUGUGCACCAAGGGUUGGCUGACACAGGACACACUUCGUCCCCUCAUGGACAAGGUGGUGGCCUUUGCUCACCAUCUAGAGCAUGUGGCCCAGCCAUGGGCUCAGGAGACUCUGCAGGAGGUGCACCGUUAUGUGGUCCGUGAGUACCUGGCACAGGCGCUGAGGCCGCGGGAGCGGUUCCGAGGUGCCGAGCGGGUGAAUGGCUCCCAGAAGAUGAGCCUCGAUGCUCAAGCAAUCGGCGACACCUUCCAGGGCUUGGGCUCUGAGGCCACGUGGCUGGACCAAGCCAUCCUGUGCGUGGCCGAGAUCCUGGGCGAGACUUACAAAGACGACAUCAGGCGGCACCUGGAGACACUCAUCCAGAGCUACCCUGACAUCAGGCGGGAUCACAUCCUGGCCAUUCUGGCCCUGCGCAGACUGGGCCGCCGGCGGAACCACAGCCUCCUGCAGCAUGCCCAAGACCUGCUGAGGGUGGCCGCCAAGGCAGCGAGCUCGGGGGCCACUGGGGGCCGCGUGCUCUUUGAGGAGAUAGAGGUGCCCACCUCCGUGGACGUGCUAAUCACCUGCAUCUAGGGCUCUCUGACCUGAGAGGGGGCUGUCCUCAGGUGGGGGGCUGUGGUAGGUGGAGGGUCAGACGUCCUCCCAAGGCACCAAGCCCAGAGCUAGGAGCCCAGGGAGUCACUGUCAGCCCUGCCCCCAACUCUGAAGCUUGCAGUUGGGGAAUUUUUGUCCUCAACCAAGCAGACUGCUUAGCCACAAGGAACAGCAAUGACAAAGGCAUGUCAGGCAUUUGUGGGGGAGUACUUGGGGACAGCAGAGUUCCCCUCCAAUACUGCCCACUGGGGAGGGCCUCCCUGCCUGCCUAACUGUCCAGCACCAUCGCCCAGUCUGAAAAUGAAGAGUAUUUAUUUAAAAAUAAAUGUGAAUUAGAA